GUGAAUCUGCAAAAUAAUAACACAACACAUGGAGAAGAUAUGAAGAGGAAUCACAAUCGCAUGAGCGAAAUUUUCAGAGUGGUCACCACGCUUGAUCAGCAUCAGCUAGAUGACGUAAGAUACGUGAAUGCGGCCAUUGCGACAACAACUGACAGCAACGCGAGUGGCGAGACUGGCGAGACGCACGUUUGCGAGGAUCCGGCUCAUCCGGUUGCCGUCGUCGUCGUCGUCCUCGUCGUCAUCAAAUCUGAGGGCGUCAAUGGACGUCCGGAUGCGAAUUUGAAGUUGCUAUAUGGUGACAACAUGUGCGUUGGUCCGUUGAAGAAAUUAUGCCAUUGGGGACCGCUCUCCUCACUCGCAAUGAUAAAGUUCAUCACGUUGAUGACGAUACACUGUAGUAGACAAUGGUGGCCACCACAAGACAGUAUCCUAGCAGCUGCCAGUUUCUUACUAUUCUUUAUUCUCAGUGGAUUGACUCUCUUCCAUUUUAUCAGCGCGAUUGUUGAAGGACCCGGAUAUCUCACAUUAAAAUGGAUGCCAGAGAAAGCUACAGAUAUACAAUAUCUGCAAUACUGUAUUGUCUGUCAAGGUUACAAGGCACCGAGAUCACAUCAUUGUAGAAAAUGUAAUCGUUGCGUGAUGAAAAUGGAUCAUCACUGUCCAUGGAUAAAUACAUGCGUUGGACAUUAUAAUCACGGACAUUUCACAGCGUUUUUGGCAAGCGCAAUCGGCGGUUGUUCCGUCUCUUUCAUUAUAUUAACUUCCUGGAUAACAACCGUAUUAUCACUGAAACCUUUGCCAUUCCCACCACCAGAGUUCUAUACAAUAAUAUUAGUUGUAUUUAGUAUUGGUGCAUCAGUUGGCGUUGUACUUGCAGUAGGAAUGUUAUUAAGUGUCCAGAUAUUAGCCAUCUUGAGAAAUCGAACAGAAAUAGAAGAUUGGAUUCUGCAGAAGUCCCAAUGUUGGCGAAAUGAUACAGAUGCCAAAUAUAUACAUCCAUAUUCAAAAGGAUGGCUUUUCAAUAUUAGUCAAGUUCUUACAUGGGAUUGUACUCCCGUCGGCGAUGGUAUUACGUGGCCAGUUAUUGAUGGCUGUGAUCAAUAUACAUUAACGAGAGAACAGCUUGCUCAAAAAUUAGAUAAACGGAAAAAAGCACGCAUAUAUAGGAUUGUAAAAGCUGCAUCAGGAUCUAAAUUUCCAAUUGGACAUGGUUUUGGCGUAUUUUUUCAUCCACUUUGUACUGAUGAAUCUCGCAUUAAGUUGGAUGUAAAUGAUAUUGUAAUUGUAACACGUUGGAAGAAAUAUUGGUUAUUUGGACGAAAAGAACAGAAGGAAGAAGAAGAUGGAAAAUCGAAAUGUAUAAGGGGAUGGUUUCCACGGCCCUGUGCGGUGGAAGUAAUAGAAAAAUCUGUACGGCUUGGAUAAUUUGUCCAAAAUAAUUUAUUAAUUUUAGAAAAUUUAUGUGACAACAUUUGUGAAGAUUUAAGAAACAAUUUAUAAUAAUUUUGCAUUUUUUAAUAGUAAAAGCUGAGAAGAAUAAGAUAGAAGAACAUUACACUCCAUACCUAUUUGUGUUCAAAUUAAUAUAUUUUUCUUGUAUUUAUACCUCAAACCAAUCAAUAGAUUAAGAU